AUGGCCGCAGCCGACGCUCCAAACACCUCUGAAACAGCAGCCGGCGACCCAACCAGUUGGGCAACCGCAAGAUUCAUUCCAACCUCAAAAUUUUGUACCUAUUGCGUUGCAGCAACUCGUAGCGUUUUAUCCGAAUUCACCUGCACCACCGCCAUCGAUCGCGAUAAGGCCGGAAGGCGACGAAAGGGCAUCCGGAUGUUUUUUUACCCUACUGGAGUCGCAAUUCGCAAGUCUCCGCAUAACGGUGGACAAAAUAAAGUUCCAUCAAACUUUGAACUUUCUGCCGGCAGAGUACUUGGAGACCAUUAUGUACAUUCUGCGAAAUCCACCUACUGGAAGUUCGCACAGUUGUUUCGGUCGCUGGAGCUUGAAGAGAGCAAGCCGUCUGUAUUGCUGCGCCGGAUGCGCAAACUGGCCAGGGACGGCAUUGGAGAAGACGCCCAGAAAGCCCUGUGGCUUGAGCGGUUACCCGAGGGCUUGACAUAUCAGUAUUGCCCGCCAACGCAUUCCCUCAUCUAA